CUUCCUGUUAGGGCUUUAUUCGGCUUCAUUCGUACCGGAAGAUACAGAACAUUCACUGCCAUUGAAUCACAUACAGAUACAGAAACCUUUUCGAACUGUAGCUUGAGGGUUUUGGGUUUUAGGGUUUGUUUCGAUUUGGCAAGAAAAAGGGAAAAAACAAUAUGGGGAAGAGCGAGAAAACUGGGUUAGGGAGGGCACUAGUGAAGCACCACAACCAAAUGAUCCAGCAGUCUAAGGAAAAGGGGAGAGACUACAAGAAUCAGCAGAAGAAGAUACUUGAAUCAAUCACCGAUGUCAACGAUAUUGAUGCCGUUAUUGAGCAGGCCGAUGAGGCCCAACGUCUCUUCUCUGUGGAGAAUCCCGUCCCCAACCUCCUUAUCGACUUGGACUCAAGCGCUAGCUCCAAUCAGAUGACACCCGGUGAAAGGAGAGAACAACAGAAGAAAGAGGAGGCAUUGCAUGCUAGCAGUCUUCGUGUGCCGCGCAGGCCGCCAUGGAAUUCUAAAAUGUCUGCGGAAGAGCUUGAUACCAAUGAGAGACAAGCUUUCUUAGUUUGGCGUCGAAGCCUUGCAAGACUUGAGGAGAAUGAGAAGCUUGUUCUUACUCCAUUUGAGAAGAACCUGGAUAUCUGGAGACAGCUUUGGAGGGUGGUUGAACGCAGUGAUCUGGUGAGUCACGGUGUCUUUAAGUUGUCUAAUGUAGAGACUGUACCAUAUUAGGUAUGAACAUUUGUUGCUCUUACCUUUGGGCACCGAGAUGCCAAGGUCUUCGUCUUCUGGGGCACAUGUGCAAGGAUCAAGGUGAAGCGUGGGCUUCAUCGAAGCAACGCACAUGUCGUGGAUAUAAGUAAAUAUUUUAGCAUAGGCAAGUUUUUCAAUAUAGGCAAUGCCUUUUGAAUCAUAGGCCAAAAUCAAAGAAGGCUGAGGAUAUUAGAAAACAAUUAAUGAAAGUAAGUAAUUGAACAAACCAAGAAAUACUAAUUCAUAAGACAAUCAAGCAAUUAGACCAACUUUUGUGUAAACACCUAAAAAAGGAGAAUCCCUCCCUCCCACCGCACCACACACAAAGAAAAAGAAAAAAGGUUCAGAGUCUUUUUAAUCAAACACAGGAAAAAUUCAAGAAAAAAAUCAGAACAGUCCCUCAAAGACAGUGCUUGGCCAGUAAGGACCUUAAUUAGAACCAAGAAACCUCAUAUAUACCGUAUAUAUUUUUUUCGGGACCAAGUAGCAUAGUAAAGUUAAGGAUUGCAAACCCAGAUUUUAGCAAGCUCUUUAUGGUCUACAGAAGCAAAUUAAAAAAAAAAGGAAGAAAUAGAACGGUGACCAAAAGUAGGAAAAAAAAAAAGGGCAAAAGUAGUCAUGGUCAGAAGUCUGUUUGCCGGCUGGCAGGGGCGGAGCCAGACAAGUUUUGUAGUGGGGGCAACUUAAACCAUAUAAAUAUUCAAACU